AAUUAUCUUAAAACGACAUUUACAAUAUAUUAAUAUAUGCUUUUUUUUAGUUUGUUGUGUGUCAUGCACUUUCUAAAUAUAAGUUUACUAUACAGUGAACGCAUGGCAUUAAUAUCUAACCUAACCUUUUCAUUCAUUUACAGGCCGGUUUACAAGCAGAUAAGACAUUGCCAACAUAUUUACAUACUUACAUUUUUCUACCUCAAAUUGUAAGUACAUGAUGAAAUUCAAUGUCAUAUUUUGAAACCGUGUUCUCAGGUACUCACACUCGAGAUCAUUGAAUUUCGAGCACUACUAAGUUGAAUCUCCUAAGAAUUAUGUUUUAAAAGAUUUUAUUAUGUUACCACAGACGCACAUGUUACCAUUUUCGUUUAUUUUAAAACAAUUAAAAAAUUAUUGACAAUAAAAUAUAUUAUUAAGCGCGAAAGGAACAUUUUCUGAAUGUUGUGUCAAUAUAGUACAAAAUAGAAAUUAAAAAUGAAUAAGAUAAGUAUACCACCAAAUUUGGAUUUGGACGAUCCAAGAUUCAGGAUCAAACCAUACCAACAAGUUGUUGCUGCUUGUACUGGUGCUUUUAUCACAUCUAUAUUUGUUACACCUUUAGAUGUAGUAAAAAUUCGACUUCAAGCUCAGCAGAAAGCUAUGCUUUCUAAUAAAUGUUUCCUUUAUUGUAAUGGUUUAAUGGAUCAUUUGUGUCCAUGUUUAAAUGGUAGAGGCCCAGAAUGGGCUAAGGGAAAUGGAAAAUUUAAUGGCACAGUUGAUGCCCUUGUAAAAAUUAGUAAAAAUGAGGGUAUUACUUCUUUAUGGAGUGGAUUAAGCCCUACUCUUGUUCUAGCAGUACCUGCAACCAUAGCAUAUUUUGUUUCAUAUGAACAAUUAAGAUUAUAUUUUAAGGAUACAUAUAAUAAGAGGUUUAAACUAAAUAGAAUUCAUGACACAGAACAACCAUUCUGGAUUCCUAUGUUGGCUGGAGCAAUAGCACGUAUUUGGGCAGCAACUUUAGUAAGCCCAUUAGAAUUAAUUAGAACAAAAAUGCAAUCACAACGAUUGAGUUAUGCAGAAAUUACACAGGCAUUGAAAACUGUUGUAAAAUACAAUGGUAUUACUGGCUUGUGGAUGGGAUUAAGUAGUACUCUCCUACGUGAUGUACCAUUUAGUGCAAUUUAUUGGUUAAACUAUGAAACUAUAAAAGGCAAAUUUAGAGAUUCACAGCAAACUUUUACUUUUAAUCUUGCAGCAGGUGCCAUAGCAGGCUCUAUGGCAGCUUUCCUGACAAUCCCAUUUGAUGUAGUGAAAACACAUAGACAAAUAGAAAUGGGUGAGAAAGAAAUUUACUCAGAUAAACCGGGGCGUAGCAGCAAAACAUUUGAUAUAAUACACAAAAUUUAUAGUCAGAAUGGAAUAAAGGGACUUUUCACUGGAUUAAUACCGCGUAUAAUAAAAGUAGCUCCGGCUUGUGCGAUUAUGAUCGCAACUUUUGAACAUGGGAAACGAUUUUUUACAACAUACAAUGCUAAUAUGAUACUUAAAUAUGAGAACGAUUUACAGUAUCUACAACACAAACGUAACAGUACAGAGUGAGAUGCGUAUCAUAUUUUAUGUUACAGAAAUAAAAUAAAUAAAUUUAAUUUAUAACCAUACGGUUUAA